CUGUCGCGACUCUCCGCGCGUUGUAGCUCGUAGUGGACAGUUUUCACAGUUACCCGGGGACAUCGGUUGACGGUUGGACGGGUCCGGUGGGAACACGUGUUAGGUUGAGUGUCUGUAACACACACUCAACCUAACACGUGUGAUAAGAGUACGGAACCUCCGACUCGUGGGCGUCUAGCAUAAGUGAUCGCUACGUCAUCAUCUUCGCAGUUACCUGUCGUGUUGUUCAGUGACGAGCUGCUGUUCGCUACCACCGAACUAACUCACCACUAGCAAGCUAGCUAUCAGGCUAACACACAAUGUUGUGACGUGCUUUGCAGUGUAUCGUAUGGUGAGAAGCCUUUUUUCUGACCACCUGUCUGGUGUAAACAGAUCUGUGAUCACCAUGUCCUCGGAAAACACCCUGGAUGAUGAGGAUACCUUCAAGAUCCUGAUCGCUACAGAUGUUCACCUUGGCUACCUCGAGAAGGAUGCAAUCCGUGGCAGUGACUCUUACAACGCGCUGGACGAGAUCCUAAAAUGUGCCAAGACAAAUCAGGUAGACUUCAUCCUGCUGGGUGGAGAUUUGUUCCACGAGAACAAACCGACGCGACGAUGCCUCCACAACUGCAUCACAAUGCUCAGGCGGUACUGCAUGGGAGAAUCACCAAUACACUUCAACAUCCUCAGUGACCAGAAGGUCAACUUCAACACAACUCAGUUCCCCUGGGUGAACUAUCAGGAUGAAAACCUGAACAUCUCUAUUCCUGUGUUCAGCAUCCAUGGCAACCAUGACGACCCAACUGGAGCUGAAGGUUUGUGUGCACUGGAUCUGCUAAGUGCGUCUGGUCUUGUAAAUCACUUUGGUCACUCCCAGUCAGUGGAGAGGAUAGAGAUUAGUCCCAUCCUCAUGCAGAAAGGCAACACCAAGCUGGCCUUAUAUGGACUUGGUUCUAUCCCAGAUGAGCGCUUGUACAGGAUGUUUGUCAACAACCAGGUAACCAUGCUUCGCCCCAAAGAAGAGCAAGAUGGGUGGUUUAACCUCUUCACCAUCCACCAGAACAGGAGUAAGCACGGUCCCACAAACUACAUUCCCGAGCAGUUCCUGGAUGAAUUUCUUGACCUUGUGGUGUGGGGUCACGAGCACGAAUGUUUGAUAGCACCAACCAGAAAUGAACAACAGCUCUUCUACGUGACCCAGCCUGGCAGCUCUGUAGCGACCUCCCUUUCCCCUGGAGAAGCUACCAAGAAACAUAUAGGGCUGCUGAGGGUGAAGGGUCGUAAAAUGAACCUGCAAAAGAUCCCCCUAAAGACAGUACGUCAGUUCUUCAUCCAGGAUGUGGUGCUGGCUGACUACGAAGACCUCUUCACACCUGAUACACCCCAGGUCACAAAGAAGGUGGAGGACUUGUGCUUUGCGAAGGUCACAGAGAUGUUAGAAGAAGCUGAGAGAGAAAGACUGGGAUGUCCGCUGACCCCAGAGAAACCUCUUGUUCGCCUGAGGGUGGACUACAGUGGAGGUUUUGAGGCCUUCAACACUUCUCGCUUCAGUCAGAAGUUUGUGGACCGCGUGGCCAACCCAAAAGACAUCAUUCACUUUCUCAGACAUCGAGAGCAAAAGGAGAACAUCAAAGAUGAGGUCAAUGUCGACUACAGCAAGCUGUUAAAAACCACGGCAGUUGAGGGACUGAGAGUGGAGGACCUGGUUAAACAAUACUUUGAGGCAGCUGAACAGACCGUACAGCUGUCCCUGCUGACCGAGCAGGGCAUGGGGAAGGCCAUUCAGGAGUUUGUAGACAAAGAUGAAAAAGAUGCUAUCCAGGAGCUGAUCACGUACCAGCUAGAGAAGACACAGCGCCACCUCCAGGCCAGAGGAGUAACUACAGAACAGGAUAUAGAUACGGAGAUUCGACGAUUAAGAGACUCCAAAAAGAACACAACUGAGGAGGAGAAUGAAAUCAGAGAGGCUAUCAACAGAGCCAAAGCUCACCGACUGGAACGUGGCGAUGAACCUUUAGACCCGGAUAUAUCCAGCGAGUUUGCCGAUGUCGCUAUGGACUCUGACGAGAGCUCGGCCCCAUUCCCUCCCCCCACGCGAGGACGAGGGCGAGGUGCCAGGGGCCGGGGUGGCCGGGGGAGGGGGAGAGGUGCAACUGCCUCUGAACCAAAGCCAGCCAGUCGGGGUCGUUCCCAGAAAUCCUCGGCAACAACCCAAAGCAGAAGCAUUAUGCAAGCAUUUCAAGCUACAUCCCAAAAACCGCCCCGUAGUCGAGCCACCACAUCUUAUAAAGAAGAGGAAGUGACCAUUGAUGACUCAGAUGAAGACAUCCCUGUCAUGAAAACGACUCGACCUCCUCCAAGACCAGCAGCAGCAUCGUCGUCCUUCACAAAGUACAGCUCUCAGAGCCAGAGCCAGUCAUCUAAAGGAGUUGCAUUUGAUGACAGUGAUGAUGACGAUGAGGAUAACCCAUUCAAAGGUCCCAGCAAUCGUUCACGGAGAUAACCAUGAGCGCGUCCAUUCUGUAAAGCUCGUUAUAGUUGAAAUACCGUAAUUGGUAAUUAAGAAGUGAGUUGCUGCAGUUUUAGGAUUUCAUGUUUCAAUUUCCUCUGCACUUACAUCUUCCUAGUGUCGACAAUAGGUAGAUAAAAUGGAGGUGGCUUUCAAACAAGACUUGUAUGCAGUUUUCCCCUCAUUUGGCAGCUGCACCAGCUGAACCUACCAAAUGAAGUGCAUCUGUUUCUGUGCAUCAGAUCUGAUAAGUGCUGUUUUUUUGUCAUCGGCCUUUGUAGUACUCUGAUAUUCAGGAAUAAUAAAUGCUUUUGUUUUCCGCCCA